CCUACACUUCCGCACACCCCAUCAAUCGGAUUCAAUCCUCACUCCAAAAAUGGCGCACACCUUCUACGACGGAACCAUCCCGGUAGUCCAAUCCAUCCUCACCACCCUAUCCCACAUCCUGCAGCAAGCCUCGCAACAGCCCAAUGCCACCGCCCUCCUCUCCGCCCGUCUCCACGAGGACAUGUACCCACUCACCGACCAAGUGCGCAUCACGACCCAGUUCGCCGCGAACCUGGUCGCCAGACUGACCGGCCAGUCGCCGGUAUCGUUCGACGGCAGUCCCGCGACAUAUGCCGAGUGCCACGGGCGCAUUGAGACGGUGCUGAAGGCGCUCCAGCAGGCCGACAAGGACGUCGUCAACCGACACGCCGACGUCGUGGCGUCCACCCCCAUGGGCCCCGAGAAGGCGGUCGACAUGUCCGCUGCGGUGUAUGCUCAUACCGUUGCCUUGCCCAAUAUCUAUUUCCAUCUUACGACUGCGUAUGCCAUCCUGAGGAAGGAGGGCGUGCCGCUGGGGAAGCGGGAUUAUUACGUGGGGUUUUUCCCGGGGAUUAGAGGGUGAGACUUUGGGUUUAUUUUCUGGAUAUAGAUGGCUAUAGCUGUGGGGUUGUUGGUGGUGGACUUCCUUAUAUUGGAGAUUGGAUGGAGUGGCUUAGUGUUAUGUGUGGAUGUUAUUUUCUGGGGGUCUGAGUUAGAUAUAG